UGGGCAUAUACGUGUGCUCCCAGCAUUUCGAAUUGACGGAGUUUUUCAAUGUUUAUAUGGAAAACGCAAGGAGGGUUCUUAUAAAAUCUGCUUUGCCAUCCGUUCGUUGCCCUCCAACUGAGUCUGCUCGAUCCAUCAGAGCAAAACCUUGGAACCGGAAGCAAGUGGUCGAAGAAUUUCUACAGAGAAAUGCAAACUUGGGGAUCAGUUGAAGUCAUCGCCCUCGAUUACAAUAAAUGAUCUUCUAAGAUGGUUAUUCCACGACGACGGAACAAUCCACGUACUCUCGCAUCAUCAGCCGGAAGUCCGUAUGCUCACGGGAAACAGUGGCGUCGUCAGGGAGAUACAGUUUCGGCAAAUUUUGCGCAGCUUGGUGAUGAUGGUGUUGAGAAUCGUUAUUCCCGUCCAAUAAAUAUCAUCAACUACAAUCGACAGGAAUCCUGCGAGAUGUCCACAAAACCACCGAGAUCUCCGUACCAUAUCCGGAAACCGGUGGCUUUCGAACGUAGCCGGCAGUGGGUAGAAGAACAACAAAAACACCGCUGGCACGACCUGUCCCCGCCAGAAAUUGACAAUGAUCUCGCUGGGCACAACGAUGACCAUUGGAAGAGCAGCCAAGAGUCGGAUUUGAAUUCAAAAAGUCCACAUCAACGUCACCGUGGACAGCAACAUAAUGGCGACGAUGAUAACGAUGAUGACAUCGCGUAUCUUGACAACGCGUUGCUGCAGCAUCAGUACGGAGAGCAGAGGCAACAUAAUCAGCACUAUUCACGGGAAAUGCUCGGAAUGGGGGAGCUCCAUCGUCACAAUCUUCCGGAGCGAGCAGCAGAAGAACUCAAUCAUCAUCAUCAGCCGGUUCAGCGUUUCUACGACGGUAGAAUCCCAACGACUGCUGAAGAGGGAAUCUACCACGACGAUACCCGGUGGUUACAGUUUCCGAUCGUGCUGCAAGGUGCUCGAAACAUGAGACACAUCCGGCACCGGUUGCGGCCUGAUCCGGAACACCAGGGAACGCGGGCUAUCCGAAGUCGGCGGCUAAUCAACAAGGCUGGCGAACGCAAUGUGCUGUUCCUCAAUCUUCCGGAAAAGUCGGUGCGAUUCGUCAAGGAUUUGGUGACCACGCUUGUGGAUGUGCAGUGGCGUUACACGCUGACCGUAUUCAUGCUAAGCUUCUUCGGCAGUUGGCUGCUGUUUGCCAUCCUUUGGUAUCUGAUAGCUUAUGCGCAUGGAGAUUUGAACUUUGAUCCCGAAACAGGAGAACGGCUGGGCGAAGGUUCCCAGCCUUGCGUUGAAGGUGCAACAACUUUUGCCGCUUUCCUGCUGUUCAGCAUUGAGACUCAGGUUUCGACAGGAUAUGGUGCUAAAACUCCCACCGAAGAGUGUCCGGAAGUUAUGUUUCUGCUAACGGUUCAGAUUAUCGUAGGGGUCGUGAUCGAUGCUGCGAUGGUUGGAAUUGUUUACGCAAAACUGGUGCGACCACCAAAGAAGAUUUCGGACAUGAAAUUCAGCCGGAAAGCUGUCAUUUGUCAGAGAGACGGAAAGUUGUGUUUCGUUUUUCGGCUGUCCGAUAUCAAGCAGCAACAUGCCAUUGAGACGAAAAUAUCUGCGGUCAUGCUCGAACAGCGGCGAUCACUGGAGGGGGAAUUGAUCGAGAAACAUGAAUCCUACAUGAAGCUCGAAAAUCAAGGACGAAUACUGUUGAUGUGGCCAGUGACGAUAUGUCACGUGAUCGACAGAGAUAGCCCGCUGUUUGAUGUUUCUGCCAAAGAUUUGCUACAGAAAAAGUUCGAGAUCGUGGUAACACUGACUGGAGGAACUAUGACUACCGGACAGGUGAACGAAGCAAGGACUUCGUAUUUACCCGGGGAAAUAUAUUGGGGACAUCGAUUUGAAAAUAUUAUUCAGUUUGAUGUUCGGAGUGAACGAUACGUUGCCGCCAAUGAGAGGAUUGAUGCUGUAGAACCGGUCGAUACACCACUUUGCAGUGCUCGGCGUUUAGAGGAAGUUUUGGAGGAAGUGCACCAGUACAUGGAACAAGAGCGGGAGCGAGACCUCGAUGGAGCUGAACAGAAUGUAACAAACGGAGGAAAUGGUUACAUGUCACAGGAAUCCGAUGAUGAGAAUGCCGGAAUUCAACUGGACAAGCUUUCGGAAAAACUGAAACUUAUCUCAGAAGAAAAACUCUCACCACCAGACGAAGGUCAAUCACGACCAACUGAACAAAAAGAUCUUAUCCAAACCAGCGAAUUGUAGUUUAAAAACCCCGAUAGAAACCUAGUUCUCAAUAGGUCUAUUAAAAAAAAAACACUUCCUAAAGUUGAUAAUAUGUUUAAUGUCUUUUCGUAAAGAUAUUCAGUUCCAUAACACGAUCUUAUCUAAUCACCAAAAACGCUUACCACUUCGAGUGGAGAGAAAAUAAUUGUAAUAAAACUUACCGUUAAAA